GCGCCCUCAACGCUCAUCUGCAUUUUAGUUACAAUUUGAAGUCUGUCAGUAGAAAGAAUGGUUCGAAUAUUCGUGAAAUCAUCGUCGUUCAUUUUGUGAUUGAUUUAAUUGCAGUGUUAACUCAAAGCUGUAAUUUAUAGGAACCGAACAAGACCUUGAAAUAAAGGUAUGGCAGGCAUGCAACCACCAAAUGCCGCUCCGAUGGGAGGCGUACCGCCACCGCAUCCUCAGACGAUGACAGGCCAGCCGACCCCGCCGGCACAGAUCCUACCACAGGGGCAGCAGCCACAGCAGCAGGCAUCGGCAGCAUCUCAUCACCAUCAACAGCAUCAAGAUCAUGAUAUUAUCGCUAAAGUGAAGAUGACUGUGCAUUUAUUAAAAGAGGCAUUACGGAACCUUAUGAAGAUUGCUGCCCAAGCCUUCAGUCAUUCUGCCACAAUUGAUAACACAACAAAAGCAUCAGAUGAUAUUGCAGCAAGAUUUGACAAAAGUCUGGAGGAAUUCUAUUCUUUGUGUGAUCAGUUGGAGCUGUCACUUCGUCUUGCCUAUGACUGCACCACCCAGUUCUUGGAUGGGGCGCGUUACACCCCUGUUCCACUCGUCCACUCGCAUAAACCAGACAUGAUGCCCACGGAAGCUCUGACGUAUGGCCAGUAUAUCACGACAGUCAAGUCUCAAAUACAGUGUGCUUCGGAGGUUCAAACUGCCCUCCUAAAAUGCUGUGAGGAAUUAGAACGUUCGAGGAAUAUGACACAAUGACGCAAUUAGCCGAGCUAUUCCAUUUCAACAGGCAAAUAUGCUGCAUGUUAUAGGCUCUAAGAAUCAACAAAAUCACAUUUCACUUGCGGUUAUUUGAGGCACAGAUGCAUGAGGAAAGUGAACGCAAGACCAGAGCUAGGAGAUGGUUAUCUAAGACUGCAUGGGAUAUUCAAGUUCUUAAAUGAAAGGAGAAACUGAACUUAUGAUAGCAACUUGGAUUUACACAUGUACUCUAUCCAUGUAUGCAGUGAAAGCACAGGUCUUCAUCAGGACACACUAGAGAAUUACAUGUACAUGUCAGAGCCAACCAGCAAACUGAAUAUUCGCGGUUGAGAAUCACUGAGAUCCUUGUCCUAUCCUUAACAAUCUACAUUUCUGUGACAGAUUUGCUCCAGCCAAUCAAAUGGCAGGAUUACAGUAGCUUGUAACAUGCCUUUGAUAAAAUCAUUUGAAAGAGAUACCACAAUGCCAUGCAGCUAGAGAAUAAACUAAAUCACUU